AUGUCGCGAUAAGUUGGCUUUCUUCUCAACAGUCAUUUAUUACACGAAGUUCCUUAUUCACUUCAACACGUAUUUUUUGCUUUCGACCAUAAAUACCUGAAUAUCGCAUCAGCCGGACAUAAUAACAUUUCCUUACGUCAACUACCUACCUGCAUAGCCGAGUUCUUCCCAGUCCAGCAUCGCAUCGAAUUACAUACCUUAGGUACCUACGUAUAUCGUAUACCUAAUCCACCAUGUCGAAGACAUUCACAGCCAAAGAUGUUGCCGAACACAAGGAUGAGCAGACCGGCAUGUAUAUAAUCGUAGACAGCGGCGUCUACGAUAUAACAAAUUUCCUCGACGAGCACCCGGGCGGAGCAAAGAUCCUCAAGCGUAUGGCUGGUAAGAAUGCGACGAAGCAGUUCUGGAAAUACCACGGGAAAACCGUCCUAGAGAAAUACGGGGGUAAACUGAAGGUUGGGGAGUUGGCGGAGACGGCGAAGUUAUAAGAUGUGGUUAGUGCCCGGGGAGUUACUUGUAUACCAGUUAAACCAGCAAAGUUGUGAAUCGCUCUUGUGUUGGUUGGCGUUACGACGAUGCAGAUCAUAUCCGCGAAUCUACUACCUGCAAUUGAUUUUAAAGAUACUCAUUAUUCUAGCCUCAGUCUCUACCUUACGGCGCUACGGGUUUGGUUAUCAUUUGUUAAAUAUCCGUGAAAGUUGUUAUAAGGUAGGCAAGUAUAGGUUUAUAUUCAUGAUAGCUAUAGUUCAUAUACCCCUCUGUAUCUAUACCCAAUUCUGAAUCAUAACUCUUAAACCCAAACUAUCUUCAUAC